UACCCAAAUUCUCAAAUUUACUUUAUCGGAUUCAGAAACAAUGCCAGAAGGCGCAAACGUCACGAUUGCCACAAAUCGUGGGGUCUAUGGAAAUUGGGGGGCAACCACAUUACCAUUUUCUAUAUUCGGAAGUCUGAACACAUGGCUGUUGAUUCUGUUUGUGAUUGUGCUCGUCAAUGUCAAUCGAAAGGGUCUGGUCCAGGGCUCACGCUAUUUAAUUUUCAAGAUAUUUUGCUAUUUAAUGGUGAAAUAUCUAAAGUCCAUAUAUGAUUUCACGCCGGCGGGCACGAAGAAGAAGACCCUGAUCGUAGAUAUGAAUAUUCUGAUAUCAACCGUGUUCGUCAAGAAGGGAAUGCACUGGGAGAAAGAGCUAGGUGUGCCACACGAUUUUACAGUCGAGGUACCCGAAUAUGGGGGCACAAUGCUGAUCUACAAGCGGCCCUUCCUUGACCACUUCCUUGAGAAAGUGACCAGAUGGUACAAUCUGGUCAUAUUCACCGGUUCACAGGAGAACUACGCCACGGGCAUGCUGGACGUCUUGGAUGAUGAGGGAGAUCAACGAUAUCAACGCUUGUAUUGCCGCAACCCAAGACGUCUCUAUGGACGCGAUGCCAUUGUACUGGAUAGCACACCUCCGUCCCUCUGUUUCUAUCGGGCAAACACCAUAUUUGUCUCCGCCUAUAUUAUCGGCGACUGGGACCGUACACUUCUGUCCCUACUGUGCUUCCUGGACUCCCUACGCUUCGCCGAUGAUGUCCGUUCAUAG